UCAGAAAGGGAAUACAGAAGUUGCAAGAAUACAUGCUGAAAAUGCAAUCCGCCAGAAGAACCAAGCAAUUAAUUUCUUGAGAAUGAGUGCUAGGGUUGAUGCUGUGGCAGCCAGAGUUCAAACUGCAGUAACAAUGGGCAAGGUAACCAAGUCCAUGGCAGGUGUAGUUAAAUCUAUGGAUGCUACAUUGAGGAGUAUGAACCUUGAAAAGAUUUCUGCCCUGAUGGACAAAUUUGAACACCAAUUUGAAACACUGGAUGUUCAAACACAACAAAUGGAAGACACAAUGAGUAGUACUACAACCCUAACAACACCACAAAGCCAAGUGGAUAUGCUGCUUCAAGAAAUGGCAGAUGAAGCUGGCCUUGAUCUCAAUAUGGAACUACCACAGGGUCAGACAGGAUCUGUUGGCACCAGUGUUGCUUCCAUGGAACAGGAUGAACUAUCUCAGAGACUUGCCCGUCUACGUGAUCAAGUGUAAUUUAAAGAACUGGUGCUUUUGUUUACUUCACCUGCUUCUGAAAAAUUUCAUGUGUAUAUAUAGAUAAGUUGCA